AGAGCUAAACCAUCCAGACGAGUUUCAUAACCGUACAGGAGAGGGUAGUUCUCACGUUCUGGACAGGAGGAUAUCAUAACUAGGGAGUGUUGCGGAUAUAUGAAAACAUCUGUUGAUAAUUCAAAAUGAUUAUUUUGGCCUUACUGAUGUUCGGGGACGAUACAUUACCGCAGCUGAUUUGGGAUUUAAUGUAUAAGGAACAUCAUGUUCUCCUCAUUUCACCUCACUGGACCGUGUGCGCUGCCUUUUUCACUCACCUCAUCUUCUCUACUCCUUUCAUGCUUCUGGAUCUCCUCAGCCCUCGUGCGCAAUGGAUUCAAAAGUACAGAAUGCACGGGGAAGUCGUUUCUCUGCAUCAAUGGCUUCGAUGUGCUUGUCGCAUUUUCUGGAAAUACAUGGUCGGUGUUUUACCGUUGACUGUUUUUUUUCUGUUCAUACGACGCUCUCAGUUCCCAGAGAGGGCACCAUCAUCAUUUCUCGCAUUGUCGGAAUGCAUCUGCUGUAUGCUAAUGUUUGAUACGUUAUUCUUCAUGUUCCAUUACACCAUUCACAAGUUUUCAUGGCUGUUCCACAAUGUCCACCGCAUUCACCAUCUGAACAGGGACACUUUUGCUUUGGCAGCCCAAGACUCCAGUAUUUCUGAACUGCUCUUUCUCCAAGCCCUUGCAUUUAUCAGUGUCAUGCUGUUGGGCUGCCAUCCAUUAAGCGAAAUCCUUUUCCAUCUGGUUAACACAUGGAUGGCUGUGGAGGACCACUGUGGAUAUGACUUUCCUUGGGCACUGCAUCGGCUGCUACCAUGCUUUGGUGGGGCUCCAUACCACUUGGCCCACCAUCAGCAGCUUAAAGGGAAUUUUGCUCCUUAUUUCAGACACUGGGAUUGCAUCUUUGGAACUUCACUGCACAUUCAAAGAAAUAAAGGCAAAAAGCUGUAGGGUGAAUUAACCCUACUGUAUGUUAAGUGGCCUUACAAUAUAACACUUAUAAAUCUUUACCAAUUGUCUUAUUAAAUUUCCCAGGGGCAUCAAGUAAACCCAGGAACAUUGUUCAUUCUGUUUAUAAUGAUCUGAAAGUUUGAGGUUGGAUGCUUAGACUCUAGCAAAGCCUCAAUUUGUAUUCAACAUCUGCUGUAUUUUAAUAGAGAACAACUUAAUGUUUUUGUUAAGCAUUAUAUCUGAACCAAGACUUGGAUGCAGGGUAUUCGCCAGAUGCUAAUUGUAUAACUUUUAAUGUUAUUAAUCAAGUUUUACUCCCUAGUUUACAUUUAUGUAUUUGGCAGACUCUCUCGUCCAAAGCGACUUACAGUGCACUUAUUACAGGGACAAUCCCCCCAGAGCAACCUGGAGUUAAGUGCCUUGCUCAAGGACACAAUGGUGGUGGCUGUGGGGAUUGAACCAGCAACCUUAUGAUAUGUUUACCAGUUAUGUGCUUUAGCCCACUACGCCACCACUACCACUCCAAUUAUUUUGAUAUCGGUUAAACACACACACACACACACACACACACACACACACACACACACACACACACACACACACACACACACACACACACACACACACACAUCUCUUUUAUAUGACAGUGCUGACAUAAUUACAGUAUUACAGCAUUAAAAUUGUGAUCAAAUAUGCUUUCAAACAGGUUUCUUGAACACUUCCUCUGUCUGCCUGCUCAACUCCCACCAUUGGUUAAGUCGGUGUGACUGUUUCAGGCUGGUUGGUGGGGCAAAUCAACUUACAAAUGAAUUACUUAUAGUUGUCUCUGCAUAUUAAUUUGGGAUAGGAGGCAGUAUUUAAUGUUUUACAAAAUAUAAAUAUGACCUUUAUAUUUUCUACAGCACUAUUUUAAAUGCAGGAGGUUGCCUUCUAUACACAAUCAGAAAGCAAUAUGGAAAUUGUAUAUACUGUAUGUACAGUGCUUUAAAUCAUAUACAAAUAUUCACUGAAGGUGGUGGGGCUACCCCUGUCUCUUCGACCUAUUGAUGAGUUGAAUAAAUUCACUAACAAUUGUUUUACUUAAAAGAUAAUCAUUGACAUCUUAACCAUAAGCAUUUGUUAUAAUUAUGAAUGUUACCAUUCAUAUUGUAUAUUUCAUCACUGAGGGGUGACUGAUGGUCUGAUUUAUGUCAGGAAUGCAGUAACAGUGCUUCCCGGCUGCCAUAGAGCAAAUGCACAAAUGAGUUGUAAUAAAUUACUUGAUCGUUGGUUUAAGUUUUAUGUCAUUAAUGUAACAUGUAUUUACUGACACAAAUGGAUUCUUAG